UCAGAGUGUCUGCAGAACGAUGUCAAGCUUUUAACCGUUCGCCUUUCGUCUUCUUCUUCUUCUUUAAUUUCAACUUCAUUUUCUUACUUCUUACGUAACACAAUCACACAAAUCCAACGUGACAUUUAAGACAUCCAAACAUAAUUCUUUCUUUCGCAAAGAUUCAAAAACAGUUCCAGUUAAUCUCGAAUUAUCGAGCAAUGACCGAUAUAGAGGCAGCAUGCACUCACUCUCCAUAACUAUAUCGAGCAACAUAAUCAUUGAAUACACUCGUGCACCUGCCGCCUCUCCCCGUCGAACGCAAGUUAUCUGACAGCAGUCAUCUCGUCAUUUAGAACGUUUUAUGCUGACGAAACUGACAGCAGGCACGUGUGUCAUCAAGUUGAAAAGAGUCAUCGUUUAAGAGCACAAUUACUGAUGUCUAAUGUCAAGGUCGAAUUUUGAAAGAUGUUAAUAAUCAAAGAGAAGUCGACCGUUCGAGUUAUUUAAGAAGACUAGCGUUUUUGCGGUUCGUUUAUCAAAUCUCUCUGAUCACGUAUACGCAUGUAGGUUCAAAUAUGAUACAUAUGCAUGAAUACGCUCACAUUGAUAAAUGAAAUUAUCAUUGCCUAGUCAAUUACUGAAUGGAACAAUAGAGAAAUAUGUAUAACUACUAGCCAGUUCUUCGCAAUAUGGACAGAAAGAAAAGAACUGAGGAAGAAAGAGGUCAGCAAAUGACUUGUAUACGUCACAUUUUCCACUUCUCUACAACAUAAGUUCAUUGACAUUUAAAGCCAGUUUUGCUGCAGACUCUUGAGAAAUAUGUACAUCAGUAAAUGUACGUCCGCUCUUCCACGGAGUAACGGAUCGGAAUAAACCUUGCUCGAGACUCGCUGUUACCAUUGGAGUUACUACCGAUAUAUUACGGUUAUAUAUACUAUGUUAUAUUAUGGUUAUAUAUGCUAUAUGUACUACGAUUAUAUAUACGUUUAACAAGCAUACCAAGUGCGUGAAAAAUGUUGAAUCGAGUGAAUAAAUGGAGAUCGUAUAGGAAAACUGGUUCGAACGUUUAGCCGACUCUUGGAUAGUGAGCUGGAUAAGAAUCAAAUUUAUAAUACUUCUUAUAAAUGAUAGUGUGAUGUAUUAAUUAAUUGCUAAUGUAUUCAGUGACUCAAUCGAAGACUUUUCUCAGAAGUGGGAAUAUUUUUAAAGUCAAACAUUCAGAUUCAUUUUUCUUUAUCACUGUUUUUUUUUUUGUUUUUUAGUUAAGAAUCUUCGAAGUUAAAUCAUCUCAAGUUAUUUAUUUAGAUGACGUUAUUAAAAUGCAUCGACGAUAACAGUCAAAUCAUUUGUACAACGAAACGAUCUAUUCGAAUUUACUGGUAUCGUUUUAUUUGAUAUCAUGAACUAUUUUAAAAUAAAUCAAGACCCGUCAUUAAAUGAGAGUACUUUCUUACCAAAGUAUUACGACACAAUGACAACGGGCGUUGAUCCCGCCUCUCUUUUUAUCUUUUCCCUCAUUGCCUUCUCUUUUUCGUAUCUCGGUAAAAAAAAACACCGAUAAUCAGGUUUCUAUAAAAACUUUUGUCGAUUAUCUAAUUCGUUCAAUGCCUCGUUCGAACGUUGCACGUUUUCUCUUUAAUCGUCGAACUGUGAAAUAGAAAGGAAUGUUUACACACCUCGCGAAGAGGCCUUUGUGUUAAUGCAUGACAUUGUUACGCUUGAGCUGACUCAAUGUCCGCUAUAUUUUAAUAUACAAAAACAGCUGUCUUUAAAGACGAACUGAAUGUUCUUAACAUUCUUUUACCAAGGAUUUGAUUAUCGUACUUUUUUACUAUAAUGACUACGUUUGUUUUAUCGUUCCCAAUAUUACGAAUGGAAGUACUCACUAAAUACGACGUAAAGUAAUCUACUUUACGUAUUGCAAGGACGGCUAGCUUUUCUGUAUUAAAAAAAGAAAAAGAUAUCUUGACAGAGUCUUUAGUUCGUCAAGCCCGUCAGUUGUACGGUAACGGUAGAACAAGACGGUUUCGAAACGUUUCUCUAGAAUCGGUUCGCUUACUAUCGAUUAUAUUUUCAACGAGAUGGCGAGUGUCGAUAAUGAUUUGGAGGAGCUUAUGGGGCAUCUCGGAGAAUUUGGGAGAUAUCAAUUCUGGCAAUUCUGUUUACACAUCGUUGGAGCUUUGACUGCUGGUUUACAUAUGUUAACUUUAUUGACUGUUGCUGCAGUACCUGCUCACAAAUGCGUUAUACCAGCCAUCAAAUCCACUCUCAUAGAUACAUUAAACGAUUCGUUGGUUGUAGCGAACAUAAAUAACACGAUCAUUAUAUCAGAGCCAUUGGACACUUGUAAUUAUUUGGACGAAUUUAACGUAACAAAGAAGUGCGAAUUUUGGACAUAUGACACGGAAUAUUUCAAAUCGUCACGUGGUAUGGAGUGGAAUUUCGUUUGUUCGCGUAGAUGGAUGGGUGCAAUGGCACAGUCGGCAUAUAUGUUCGGUGUGUUUGUUGGUGCUGUGACCUUGGGUAGUCUCGCCGAUAAAUACGGAAGGAAGAUAAUCUUCUACGUCUCCGCGGUAUUGCAACUGAUACUCGGUACCAUGGUCGCUUUGGUCAACGAGUAUUACACUUUCCUUCUCGUGAGAUUCCUCUACGGCAUCUUUGGCUCAGCUGGCUCUUAUAUAACCGGAUUUGUACUGACGAUGGAACUGGUGGGCGCCUCAAAGAGGACUAUCUGCGGCAUAAUGUUCCAAUUCGCUUUCGCAACUGGUUUUAUGUUAGUCGCUGUUUGGGGUGCUCUGAUUAAGGAUCGAACCUGGUUACAAAUAAUUUACGGACUACACAGUGCACUAAUGCUAGGACACUGGUGGCUCAUGGACGAAUCCCCAAGAUGGUUAUGGGCUCAAGGCCGAGCUAAGGAGGCCGUAGAAAUCGUGAAGAGAGCCUUAAAGAUGAACGGGAAUAACGUGAACUUGAAGAGCGGAAAAUUCCUUGCAACUUCGAAGAUAAAGCAUAACUCCGAGGAAGAUAAAACUCAUAACGGAUUUGAUUUAUUGAAAACUCCGAAUCUUCGAAAGAAAACCUUGAACGUAUGCCUCAACUGGUUCGCCAAUUCGAUUGUUUAUUACGGCUUAUCUUUGAAUUCUGGAAAUCUUGUAGGCAAUCCUUAUUUAAUGCUCUUCUUGAGCGGCCUCGUCGAGCUGCCAUCGUAUGUUAUGCUAAUAUUUCUAAUGGAUCGUACUGGUAGAAGGUGUCUCGUCAGUACAUUCAUGUUAGUCGGCGGCCUUUGCUGUAUAUGUGCAGCUUUCGUCCCGAAGGAGGACAAUAUUGGAGCGACAGUGACAGCUGUUAUAGUAUUGUUCGGUAAGGCCUGUAUCGCGGCAUCCUUCGCAGUGAUCUACAAUUACACGGCCGAACUAUUUCCCACGGUAGUGAGGAACACGGCCCUUGGUAUUGGCUCCAUGUGCGCUCGUCUCAGCGGUGCCCUAACGCCAUUGAUCAUGCUCUUAGAUUUUCUAGAUCCGAAAGUACCAGCCACGUUGUUUGGUUUGGUAGCCUUGGCCUCUGGCUUCCUAGCUCUUUAUUUACCAGAAACCGUAAAUCAGCCGAUGCCAGAGACAAUCGAGGACGGUGAGAACUUCGGUAAACACGACACGUGCUUCACCACCUGCCUUGGCGAUAGAAAGCACCAUUAUGUCGACACUUACGAAGUCACUCUUGAUCAAAUGACCGAUAAAGAGGAAAAAGACAAAUUAAAUGAAACUUAAUGUUGAACUGCACUUAUAUAAAUUCUAUUCAACGCAUUUAAGUUUUCUUAUCAUCGUUUCUUUUCUCACAAAAAAUUAAUCUUGCGAUAAGGCGUCAUAAACUCGUCAUGCCAAUCUCAUAAAAUCAUGUUAGCUUAAGAGUAAUAAUUCGAAACUUUGAUCGGAAUCAUGUCGUAUGAAGAAACACUUUCUUUCCCACUCUCAUUCAUCUCAUAACAUCUUAAUUGGAAUUUAAUGGACGUAUAUUGAUUAUUUUGUUUGAUAAAAUCAUUUGGAGUUUAUGUUACAUCGUCCUACAAUGCGUAUAUGAUACGUGUGAAUAAACGCGUAUAUAGCAUGGUCUUUUUAAGAUAAUCAUUGAGAAUAACUAAAGUGCCUUUUAUCUAAUGACAAUCCAAACUCGUUUUUAUUACUAUUAUAAUAACGUUGUAACCGUCCUUUUUCUUUUCAUAUAAAUCGAAUAAAAUAUGAAUUAAAAAAGGAGGGAUUAUCAUUGAAAUUAUGUCCGACGAUGCGACUUGCGAAAAACCGGUUUGGUUGGUUUUCGAAUAUUCAAAUUGGGACCACUAUUGUUGUUGUUUUCGCAUAAUUAAUUUUUAGCGCAAUCUAAUGAUACAUAGCGAUCUAUAAAUAUAUCUGUACACAUACAUACAUAAUAUAUAUACACAUACAUUUAAUAUAUUUUUAUUAUCAAUAUAUAUGGGAGCAUGUCAAUUUCUCAAGAUCGAUUUUUGACAAAUUAUAUAUAAUAACAAUCAAUCAAGAUCGACUUUUAAUAAAUUACAAAGCAUGCGAAUACAAAUUGUAACAUAAAAUUCUGUAAAAUAUAUGUAUGCGUAUUAAUUAAUGAUAUAUAAAUUGUGAUUAAGUAUGAAAAAUAAAU